AUGAGUUCAAAGCAGCCUCCUGUCGUCCUUGUUCCGCCUCCGGUCCAGGCGGUUGGCGAUGGUCAGCCCGCUAAGAAAAGGCGCGGCCCAAAGCCCAAACCCAAGCCCUACGUCGCUCCCAAGUCAGUUUCGAGAAAUGAGCGUCGAUACACCAUCGAGAAGAAGCGCGAGGUGCUCAUGUUCUUGGAGCACCACAGAGUCAAGAAUCGCGAAGGCCAGCCUAUUCGUAUCCGCGGCGGAGAGGAACGCCUGGAGGGCGAAUUUCGUCGUCCGACCCUGGAUGAGGCCUCUGAAUGGUUCAAGAUUCCCUACGGCUCCAUCCACAACUGGUACAAGAACAAGGAUACCAUCUUUGAUCCUUCGCUGAAGGGCAGGAGGACGCGUCGCAAGCGUGAUGCGUCGGGAAACCUCGUCGACAGAAACCAACCAGAUGCGCCCGCUCCAGCCCCAGUUGAGACGGCAGCUCCUACCGAAACCCAGUCGUCGACUCCGGUGGAACGGGCAAGCGAGGAGAGUCCAGCGACCGGACGUGAGCCGUCGAUCCCGUCCUUUGUGGAAACCCAGCAACAGGCACCAACUCAACCGGGCUUGUCGACUCAACCUAGCCCAACGACAGAAGCUUUGCCCGUACCGCCAACUGCAACCAACGUGGCACCUCGUCGCAGGCUACCCGAAGGCAGUCCCAAUGUAACGGAGGACGCAAGACCCGCUGCCGGUGCGGAGGACUCAUCCGCGCACAACAGCCAGGGUAGCCCGCGGCCAAGCGCAUCUCCGGCUGCCGGGGUCGACGGCUCCGUCGAGACUGAUACCUCGACCACGACCCCGGAGCAAGCGGCGACCGUUGAACCAACAGCACCUCAAGCACCAACAGAAAAUACGCAGGAUGCAGCCUGA